CUAGAGGUUGGGUAAGUCGACGGUAAUCGGAGGAUAAUUACCAUCCGUCGACCGGGGACAACCGGUUCCCCAACGGCUUAAGGAGGGGCGACGUUUCAUGUGAUUGACCGGAGAGCACACAGCGAGCCUAAUCUCUCUCCCUUCCUCUCCUCUCUCUCUCUCUCUCUCUCUCUCUCUCUCUCUCUACCGAAACGAGAAACUAAAAGGGGGAGAAAAGGAUCGAGAUUCUCGCUAAAGCGGGAAGUUAUUUACUAAUCGACAAAUAUUUGGCGAAUUCAACUGGAUCGUAGGUUCUUCGCCUCUUCGUCCAUUUGAUGCGUUUGGAUCUUACCGUUAUUGGAGGGAUUCUUCGGUUUCAAUCGUAAUUCCAGGUUGAAUUAGAUCUGGUACCCAGUUGAGAAGAUUAGAGGAAGCGAUUGUGGAAUUUGGAGGAGGGAAUGGCGAAUCGGAUGAAAGAGGAUGAGAAAAAUGAGAAGAUUAUUCGAGGGCUUCUGAAGCUCCCGGCGAAUAAGAGAUGCAUUAAUUGCAAUAAUCUGGGACCACAAUAUGUCUGCGCAAAUUUCUGGACCUUCAUUUGUACCAACUGCAGUGGAGUACAUCGGGAGUUUACACACCGUGUGAAAUCGGUGUCAAUGGCUAAAUUUACUUCACAAGAGGUUAGUGCCCUUCAAGAAGGUGGAAAUGAGCGUGCCAGGGAGAUAUAUUUUAAAGAAUGGGAUCUGCAACGCAACUCAUACCCUGACAGCAAUAACAUGGACAAAUUGAGAAGCUUCAUUAAGCACGUUUAUGUGGAUCGAAGAUAUACGGGGGAAAGAAAUGUUGACAGGCCUCCAAGGUCAAAGAGUGAGAGGGAAAAUUAUGAUGAAAAUAGAAGGCUAGAAUCCUAUAGAGGUGGGUCACGAAGUCCACCAUAUAAUGAUCGUUAUGACAGAGGUUUCAGAUUUGCAUAUGGAGAAAGGAGCCCUGGGUAUGAUCAAAGUGACUAUAGGAGAAGCCCUUGCCACUUCGAGGUGGUAGAUGAUAGGCGCAGAGAUGAUAGUUCAGGCAGUGGGGUCCAGAAUCGAAGGUUUGAAGAUCGUAAAUAUCCAGAAGCAUUGAAACCUGAGGGUGGUUCACCGAAUUAUCAGAAAGAUAUCGAUGGAUCAAGCCCACCAGUAAUACGGCCCGUAAGGGAUAUAUUGGGCGAUGAUGCACCUCCACUUCUGGUUGGAGAGCCUCAUAAAUCAAACGGAACAAAAGCCGGCGAUAAUACACCACAAACCCAGAGGACUUCUUCCCCAAGCAGCAUCGAAUCUGCUGAAGGGAACUCCACCCAGCCAAAGGUGGAAAAUUCAGUUAGUUUGAUUGAUUUCAGUGCGGAUCCUGAUCCACCUGUUGCAGCACCACCACCACAACAGCAACAACAAGCUCCUCAACAAACCAAUUCUCCGUCAACUAAUGGUGGUGAGUGGGCAGCUUUCGAUGCGUUCGGUCAGCAGAAAGCUCCUCAAGUGGCUUCAAGUUCAAACCCUCUGGAAUCUGCACUGGCACAAUUAUCUCUUCCAGGAUCUACAUCUACUGUGAAUACUUCAACAAUGCCUGCUCCUGUUGAUACUGCUCCAAAAACUAAUGAUGGAGGGCAGUUGCCCGUGACCCGACAGUCACAGUCUUCACUUUUUCCUGGUGCAGUUAACCAGCCUUCAGAGUUAUUCUUUGAUGCACCUGCUGCUGGAGUUCCCAACGAGCAGCUGCGGAGUUCAUCGGUGGAACCAAGCAUUCAGGGACCUUCUUUAACUACAGCACCUGUCCCAGCUGAUACAGUGGAUGCCAAUGCAUCUCAUAUUGCAAAAAGACCUCCUCAAGAAACUAGUGUAAUUUCAACACAACCAGCUUCCAUGGGCAGUAAAUCUACUGGAAGGAAAGAACUUCCACAGGAUUUUUUCACUUCGCUUUAUCCUUCAUCAGCUGCAUCGCUGCCAGGCUGGCAAAGAGGCCCACUGCUUGGAAUGGGCUAUGCCAUGCAAUAUCCUACUGCAGUCGCAAUGCCAACAUUACCUCAGCCAUCAAAAUCUGUUAAUCCAUUUGAUCUUGCAAGUGAGCCAGCUACAAUUCAGGCUCCCAUGUUUCCAUCGAUGACAUCUCUGCAAGGGGCAUUACCAAACUUGCCUGGUCAGCAACCUUUAGUCCGCACCUCCAUCUUUGAAGGGGGUUCUCCACGAUGGGUGCCCCCACAACCACUCACCCACCAAAUGUCUUAUCCCUCGGCCAUGCCUCCAGGCCAUUACAUGAUGCACCAGUUUCCAAAUAACAUGCCCCAGCAAGCUCCUAACAGUGUAAUGCCUGUCCUGCAACAAGGACCGUUAGGCCCCAGCAAUGAGGUAAAUGCUUUUGGCACUCCAGGGAUGGAUCAACAUUCAACCGCCGGAUACUCCCAGCCAAGCACCCCAAAUUCUUUCAGCUCUGUUGGAGGAAACCCCUUUGGAUAGAUCAAUACACAAAAUAGGAACUGGUUUGUGAACUGUGAAGAGAAGGGGUCUAAUUAUCACCUAUUCUUGGGGAAAAGGAGCCAUCUGAAGGGGUAGCUGGUAGUUGUGAAACGCCUAUUGAUGUAAAUUACUAUUUGUUACGAAGCAUGGCUAUUCUUAUAUAGCCCUGCGUCGAAGAAGAGUGUGUGGUCCUUCCUAUACAUAAGUUGGAAACUGUUGAGGUACUGCACUUUAUUCUGGGCUUGCUAUUUUCUGUCUUCCUGUAAGUGUGUUUGAUUCGGGUUUGCGGGAAACACCAUUUAUUUCUUUUCACUGUGAUGGGCUUUGUAUUACAUGAGAAUUAUAUUCAUACAUGUAGAGUGAAAAAUAAAUAUGAUAAUUCUUUUGAGUUAUUCUCUCUA